GACAGCCACACUUUUUGUUGGGGCACUUUUUUGCUUGUAGGUGUUUUGGGCCAAGAAACAAAAAUGACCCUCAAAUUUAGUUAAAAAUAUGUAAUUGUCCAUCCUCUCAGGCACGGGAUGCAAAGAUGCCCGAGUGAGCGCUCCCAACAGUGCUAACGCAGUGCCCAGAGUGCGAACAUCGGCAAGUGUGUGUGACGUGUGCGUGCAGGACAAAAAAGGAAGAGAAAUACGUGCUAGUGAAUUGAGUGUACAAGUGCAAGAGACUCCGGACGCUGGGGGUUUGGAUGUGGCUGGAAUGGCGGAGAAGGAGGGCCAGGCUCAUGAGUUUGCACGGCGCCGGGAGUGGGCGAAGGCCAUUGAGAUCUACGACCAAAUCCUCAACAGCAACAACUUCAAGACACCCAAGGAGCGCGUCGUGGCGUGUCUGCUGGGCCGCUCUGAGGCCUGUGCCGAGCUCAAUCGCCACGACACCGUCAUCGGAGACUGUCGGCGCCUCCUCAAGAUGCUCACGGAGUUGGAUAGUGGCAACCAGUCCGUGCGCCGUCGUCUCAUCUCCGCCCUGUGCCACACAAGGCGCUUCCAUGAGGCGGAGUCGGCAUGCCGCGAGUGGCUCAGCGCGCCUGGCGUCUGUCCAGAUUUCGUUCGUCUCCUCGAUCGCUAUCGCUCCGCCAGUCAGCUGGUGAAUGGCCAGAAAACACCCGCCAAUCAGCGCCUCAUGGACGAGAUCAUGACUCUGGAGGAAAAACUGGAGGCGUCGCAGGCCAGCAAGCUCAUCUGCAGUGCACCGGUGAAGAACUCAAGCAGCGACAGCAUUUCCGUUUCAUCCAACUCGUCUUCCUCCUCAUCUCUAUCCUCCGCCACUUCGUCUGCCUCCUCGGGCGCCAAGAAAACCACGCCGGACGCCAAUUGCUCGGCAGAGGAGCAAAGUGAGAAGCUGGAGAAUAGCUCUGAAGAGAAGAUUGUCUGCUCCUAUUGCGCCAUAUCCUUCGCCGAUCGUGCAGAGUUGAGGGCUCACUGCCAGACAGAGAGUCAUCAAAAUGUGAUCAUGUCGGACGAAGGACGGGACUGGAAAUGUCGCCCGCCGCCGCGCGGUUACAGCGCGGAUUCGUACACGCUGUGUGAGAGCUUCGCGGAGAACAGCGUGUGUCACUAUGGGAAUCAGUGUGUGGAGGCGCACGGGGAUGACGAGUUGAAUGAGUGGAAGGAGCGCUUCGAGUACCGCCGGAUGCGACUGCAGCGGGCGUGCGAGAAGGAGUUGUACGGCAAGAGCUACACAGAGCAGUUGCUGGACAAGUGGCUGCAGGCGCCGAGUCCGGAGAAGGUGAUGAAGGAGCGCGUGGAAGGUGUGGAGGAGACGUGCUCAAAUGAGCUGGUGACCACAGUGUCGGCCAAGGUGUCGAAGCGUGACUGGAUGUUUGUGCUAAAGACCAAGAGACUCCUGCGUGCGGUGGCGCUGCUCCAGGAUGCGCACAGGAAUCACUUCAGUCUGAAGCAGGUGUUCCUUGGUGAACCGACAGGGUCGCGUGUUGGACAUGGAAACAAAAUCGUGGAGGCGGAUCUGACCAGCGAUCAGGAGUGGGUGGAUGCCAAGUAUACGGACGCCGCGGAGCAGAAUAAUGUCCUUGAGCAUCGCGUGAAGGUGGUGUUCACCACGGAAAUCUAUGGCACUUUCCGGCAAUCGGUGGUGUUUGACUUUGGCACCGAACCCGUGCUGGUGAAGCAUCUCUGUGUGGAUGUCAUCCCAGUGGCGGAUGCGGAUAAGAUCACGGAGAUCAAGAAGGAGAUUGUACUGUCAUCGGCGAAGCGCUGGGAUGAUGAUAACUCCAUCAUUGUGCCCUUCACUACGCCUCCUGUGCCCCACAUGACAUCGGCACAAACUACGGCGGAUGCGGAGUAUGAGAAGGAUUUGCUUGAGAGAUAUCCGUGCCCGAGAGCGGCCACAUUCACGCUCACGCAGGCGACAAUUGUGGAGAAGAAGCUAACGAAGAACAAUUAUAGGAAUCGCAAUCAUGAGUUGCUGUAUGUGGAGGAGAUUGCGCGGUAUGAACAGGUGGCCAGAUACAAUCUCACCACCAAGCUGACCAUCACCACCAACUACCUGCUCACGCCCAGCGGCAUGGCCACCAGCACGGCCAAGUACUCGCACAGCGGAGAGCUCUUUGCCCUCAUGACGCUGGGGAAGGAUGUCUCUGAGGACACGUCGGCCGGCAGGUUGAUCCUCAACAACUGCACCAUGGUGUAUUUGUCGGCGUCCAUCGCUGCCGGCGAGACGGUGGAGGAGAAGAAGAGAAAGGUCUACGAGGCGCCGAUUGAGGACAAGGGCAAGAAUGUGAUCUACUUGAAGCUCUCCGCCGUGACUGUGAAUGAAUUGGGUCUGAAGGCGGACACUGAGUUCUCAGCUGACGUGCAGUUCCAGCUGAAUCGCCUGACGUACUGUGAGUGGCAUCAGGCGAUUGACAAGAUUGCCGAUUUCAAGAUCAUCUUCCCGGAAACCAUCUUGGAGCCGUCGAUUCCGUGGACGCCGAAGAAGCAGUGGAGUGAAUCGCUGGAUCCGAAGCUCAACACGAAGCAGAAGGAGGCCGUGGUGGCGAUCACGACGCCCAUGGAAAUUCCGCUGCCGCCGAUCUUGCUGAUUGGACCCUUCGGCACGGGAAAGACAUACACGUUGGCACAGGCCAUCAGGCAGCUGCUGCAGCAGCCGGAGGCGAAGGUGUUGAUCUGCACGCACAGCAACUCGGCGGCUGAUCUGUACAUCAAGGACUACUUGCAUCCGUGGGUGGAGGCGGGCGAGGAGGAGGCCAGGCCGCUGCGUGUGUACUAUCACAAGCGCUGGGUGGCCACGGUGAACAGUGUGGUGCAGAAGUACUGUCUGAUCGAGACCACGGGCAAUGCCAGGAGUUUCCGCCGACCAACAGUGGAGGACAUCAUGAAGACGCGCAUUGUGGUGGUGACGCUGAGCAUCUCGAUGGAAUUGGCGUCUCUGGAUCUGCCCAAGGGCUACUUCACACACAUCCUACUCGAUGAAGCUGCCCAGGCUAUGGAGUGCGAAGCCAUCAUGCCAUUGGCGCUGGCCAGUGAGAAUACGCGCAUCGUUUUGGCCGGAGAUCAUAUGCAAAUGAGUCCUGAAUUGUUCAGUAACUUCGCCAAGGAGAGAAGACUGCAUAUUUCACUACUGGAGCGUCUCUAUGAUCACUAUCCGGCAGACUUUCCGUGCAAGAUUCUCCUGUGUGAGAACUAUCGUGCCCACGAGGCGAUCAUCAAGUUCACAUCUGAGCUGUUCUACGAUCAGAAGUUGAUUGCCAGUGGAAAGCAGCCACGCCAUGAGAAAUUCUAUCCACUCACAUUCUUCACGACACGCGGCGAGGAUGUCCAGGACAAGAACUCCACGGCGUUCUACAACAACUCCGAGGUGUACGAGGUGGUGGAGCGCGUGGCAGAGCUGAGGAAGCGCUGGCCACCGUCGUGGGGCAAGAUGAGCGAUCAGAGCAUUGGCAUCAUGACACCGUAUGCUGAUCAGGUGUUCAGAAUCCGCUCGGAGUUGAGGAAGAGACGCAUGGGUGGCAUCUCAGUGGAGAGAGUGCUGAAUGUGCAGGGGAAGCAGUUCAGGGCGAUCUUCCUCUCCACCGUGCGCACGCGGAGGACGUGCACGAACGAGGGCGUGAGCUCAAUGUCGGCCGAUGACAUGGAUUAUGGCUUUCUCAGCAACUCCAAGCUCCUCAACACGGCCAUCACGCGUGCCCAGAGUCUCGUGGCUGUUGUGGGUGAUCCGGUGGCGCUCUGUUCGAUUGGACGUUGCCGCAAAGUGUGGGAGCGCUUCAUUGAUAUCUGCAAUCAGAAUAAGAGUCUCUUCGGAAUCACGUGGUCUCUGCUGCGCUCGCAGCUGGACGGCGUGGAGCUGAAGAAGACGUACGUGCUGAAUCCGCUGGCGCCGGAGUUCAUUCCGCGCGCCCUGCAAGCUGAGGCGUACUUGAGGGAUCAGUCAGGUGUGGUGGCGACGCAGUCGCAGUAUGGAAUGCAUCCGCCGCACAGAUUCGCUCAUCCACCGCUGCAUCAUCAUCAUCCGCCACAGCAGCCACCGCCGCAAUUUGGGCAGCCGCAGGCGAAUCAGAUGAACCACGGAUCGACCGGCUACGGGCCGAUGAAUCACAUGCGAGGCGCGCCGCAAUACAUCAAUCAAGGGCCGCCCUCGGGUCCACCGCCGCCGCAGCAGCAUCCGCCCUACAACUCCUACCCCUUCUACUACUAUCAGCAGCAGCAGGCGGGGCCGCCGCCGCCGCAGACGCCUCAGCCGCAGGCGCCCAUGAUGCGACCGCCGCAGCAGUCACAGCAGCCGCAGACGCCGCAGGUGCCGUCCACGAAUCUGUGGGGCAGCAUUCCGGCCAAUGUGAAUCCGGCAGCGGCGGGCACGGCAGCGUGGCAGAUGUCAGCAAAGCAGAAUGCCAUGCAGCAGUUGAACAUCAACAUGCAGAGACCCCACAAUCCGCCGGCGCCAUCGCUGCGAAGCCCAGGCGGCGUCCAUCCGCAGAUCAUGAUGCCUUACAUGCAACAGCAGCAGCAGCAGCAAAUGGCCAAGCCGCCGCCGCCGCCGUUCAUGAUGCAGCAGCAACAGAGGGGAAUGACGGGGCCCAUGAGUCCGGCCGCCUUUCAGCCUCCGCCGCCGCAGCACCACGAGCACUUGACCAACGACAUCAUGGCGUCGCUCAGCACGCGGAAUGUUCAGCCGCCACCGAUGGCCAUGCACCAGGCUCACCAGCAACAGCCGCCGCCAAUGCCAUCGGGCGUUGGCCACUCGAUGUAUCAGGGCGGCGGCAAGCAGAUGACUGGCGAUGUGCGUCAUCCGGGCGAGAAGGACAUUCAGUUCCUGCAGAAUGUCCACUUCCCCGAGCGCCUAAUGCAACCUCCGCCGCCACCGCAACAGCUGAUGCCGUCGAGCCACCCACAGAUCAGUCACCACAUCGCCGCCGGCGGUCUGAACAAUCUGCAAUCGUCGGACUUUGGCCACUUGCUGCCGCCCAACAUGAGUUUCUACGAGAUGUCACUGGAGCCGAAGGAGUUUCAGCUGAAGUGGUUCUUCAAGUUGGUGGAGACGCAGGGCCUGGAGGUGGCGCACAAGUUCGCAGAGAUCCUCAGGCAAGUGCCGACGCCUAGUGCGGCGGGGAAGAUGGCGCCGGUGAAGGAUGCUGCGCCACAGGCGGGAAUGAAUAGCCUGGCCGGAUUGAACACUCAGGUGGAUUUGGCCUUUGACAGUCUCAUGAGUGGCUCUAGCAUUCCGCAGCCGAUGCUGCGGGAGUUGUUCGGCGGCGGUUCGACUUCAGCGGCAUCGCACGGGAUGCCUUUCACGUCGUCGGGCAGCUCUUCGGGCCGGGGAUCAGAGAUGCUGGGCGAACUCACGCCGUCGCCAAUGAGUCAGCAAUCGGUGCCGCUAUAUAGGCGCCAGGCGAGUCAGCAGCACUACAGCAGCUCGGCGUCGUCCGCCGGCCAGUCUGUGACUUCGGGGACACCGGACUUGAUGGACAACCACCACCAUGGGAGCCUCUUCGACAGCGGCACCAGUCUCAACUCGUACGGGAGCUUCAUGGGUAAUCUCGAUCCCUUCGCCGCCGGCCUGCCGUCUAUUCAGACACUGGCGGCUGGUCUGCAGCCGCACAUGUUUGCGGUCGGGCAGCAGCCGGCAGAGGCGAAUGCACAGCGUCCGCCAGCCGCUGGGGCGACGUACGCGAGUGUCUUAACCCAGGGCACGGGCAAUUCGCACCAUCCGGCGCAGAAGCAGGCGCUGCACGAGGAGGAGAAGGACCCCUUCGCGGCCAUCCGGGAGCUGGGACAGCGCAGCAACGGCUACUACAACUACUUUCAGUAAGAAGCCUGUCGUUUAACCCUUUGUACACGCGUGUGAAAGUUAUUUAAUAAUGGCGGAAAAGUACGAUGAAGAUUAGCUUGGAAGUUUGAAAUUUAGAAGAGAGAGAGAGAGAGAAAAAGAGGAUGAAAAUCUAUGAAAAACUUACUAAAAAAAAAAACUUGCUGUAUUUGGAUAAUGUGAAGAAAAUCUACCAAAAUAAUUUUGUCUAACCGUUGAAAAAAGGGGGAGAGAAAAACACAAAAAGAAAUUCAAAAGAAUAUUUAGGUGUAGUUUUUAAUUGGAUAUGAAGGAAUAUCGUGAAAUGUGUGUGUGUGCAGAUCUGGCAUAAAAAUUAUUUAUCAUUCACAACAAUGUUACUUACCAAAAUUAGGCCAAGUGUUAAAAAUUGAAUUUGAAUAGAAGGAGAGAAUAAAAAAAAAAACCAAUUUCACGAUGUUUCGGCAUUGAAGAAGAAAAAUAUUUAAUUAAUGAGAAGUAAUGAAUUAGACAGUAAUGAAGAGAAAAAAAAGCCCAAUAAAAAUGAAAUAAAAAGUAUAAAAAUGCAUUAAAAUGAAAAAAAUUGCUAACUGAAUUUAUAAUAAACUAUAAUUUACAUAAUUAAAAACAAUAUAAUAAUUAAAUACAUGUAACUGAAGUAAAAUAAAGUCUAAAUAUAAAUAAAAAUGAUUGUGAAGAUGAAAUAAUCUUAGAUAUUUGCACUUUUUUUUACGUAUAUAAAACCUAUAUAUUAUUAAUUAUUAAAUUUGCAACAAAACAAAAAUUCAUACAAGAAUAAAAAAAAAGAAACAAUGAUAAAAUGUAGACGAAGUAAUCGUAAUGAAUAUUUAAGAAAACAACAAAAAAAAAUGAUGUGAAGAAAUAUAGAGAGAAAAAGAAAACACAAAAAAUAGACGUGAAAUUUGAUGUUUUGCAUGGAAAUUUUUGGGAGCAGAAAAAUACGACAAAAUGAGAGUUUUAAAAUUUAAUAUUAACUGUAAAUCUAGUCGAGAGAUUUUUAGUGAAGAAAACAAAAAACGAUGGUCAAAAUUAUAUAUUCCCAUAAUAUUUGGAUUCAGUUUUUCCGCUCAUUUUCAGUCAAAACCUUCAGAAAUUCAAUAUCAAAAAAAAAAGAAGAAAAAAAAAAACAUUUGACAAGAAAAACACUCUGAACUCUGGGGAGAAUUAAUAUUAAUAAAAUAUAUAUAUUAUAUAUUAAUUGAGAGAAGAAAACAAGAAUAAAGUUUAGUUUAUUGUUAUUAUUAUUGAAUAAAGAGAAGUAUCACAAAU